AUGGAGGAUCUCGCAACUCGUUGCCUCAAAUAUGGAGACGUAAUCUACUUAAAAACCGAUGGCAAGCAAGCCUUCGUAAGCGCGCAAGACCGUUCUACACCCCAGGUUCGUACAGAGGAGUUGGCGGAUGGGGCGGACAGCCCUCCGGACCUGAAGGAUUGCCUAUUUGAGGUCACCAAAAAGUACCAGUACACUCAGAAGAAGAGCCUCGUUCUAGAACUUACUCGGAAUGGGGUGGUACCCGAGGAGGCCCUGGCCUCGGAUUCGGUCAGCGGCUUUGGUGAAGUGUUAUCCGCCACUAUUGCGGAGCCCAAGCUCCGACAGAAACUCAUACUUCUGUUCGACGCCUAUCAGCGAGAGCAGCGGACCAACCGCAAUGAGUUCCGACAGGUGGUUGGAGAGUCCGUACUGUACGGUCAGGUGAUCCAGCUCCGCCACGUGCCCACCGGCAAGUUCGUGACCAUUAAGCGCACCGCAGCUGAUGUGGAGCGGGGCGCCCUCAAGGUGGUGUUGGAGGAGGGGGGCCAGGAGGGCUCCUGGUUCCAGGUGUUCUCCGGAUACCGCACCAAGCCCGAGGGCGGCAAGCUGAUGCCGGGGGAGGUGGUGGCGUUCAAGGGACUCGCGUUCAGCGGCAACGGACUGCACGUGUCGGCCGGGGAUGUGCGGGAUCCAGCCAUGCUGCCCGUGGACAGACACCCGUACGUCACAGCGUUCAAGGAGGUCUGCGCUUCCCCCGACGUGACGUCCUUCAAGGAUCUCGUGGCUAACACCGUAUAUAUCAACUUCCUCGGCGCCAUCAAUGACAAGUUCCUGUACUUCCAGAACCCCCUCACCCGACCCGAACCCAACCGCAUUGGCGGACCGGACUGCUGGAGGCUGGAGCUGGUGGCGGAGGGGGGAUUUUGGAGCGGCAUGCCGCUGAGUCACGGCUGCACCAUCCGCAUUCGCCACCUGGCCACCGGCACAUACCUGGCGGCACUCUCCAGCAAGGCCAAGGAGGCGGCCAGGGCGUGGAGGGCCAGGAAGGCGGCCUUGGCGACUGGUCCCGGAGGUGCAGGGGGGGGUGGGCCAGGUGGUGAGGGCGCGCCUGCCGGCGCUGGUGGCGAGUUCGGCGGCGGAGCCGGCGCCGCAGCCGCGGCUGCCGCUGUCAGCGGCGGUGGCGGGGGGGAGAUGCAGAACGUGCUUCACAGCGCGGACGAGGACGUCUUGUACGAUGAGGCGUUCCGGUUGGUGCUGACGAAGCGGUACGGUGUGCCAGACACGCUGUGGGAGCUGCACACGUUUACCAAGGAGGAGAUGCUUGGCGCCAAGGUGUAUGCCUUCUUCAAGCAUGUGACUACCCAGUUCUGGCUUAGUGGUGCCGGGCCCCCCAUACCCGCCCAGCCCAGCGAGGAUCCGGAUGACCCCCAGCCGGCAGCAGCAGCAGUAGCAGGGGCCGCCAACGCGGUCCGGCAUCCUCCCGGGGCAGUUCGCCAGGACAGGGAUCCGAAUUGGAAUUCAUUACUAUUGCUAGUACGGCUGCUGGUACUGUUAGUACGGCAAAUGUUGCGGCCACUAGCACCAUUAUUGGUCGUGGUAUUGGUAGUGGUCGUGGUGGUGGUGGUGGUGUUUUCGGACUGGAAAGUCCGGGAUUACCGCCGGGUCGUUGGGCAUCAGGCCGAGUUCGCCGCGACAACACCACAGCAGCAGCAGCAGCAGCUGGCAGUGCGGCCGCUUCGGGCUUCGGUGUCAACGACGGUGGAGGAGCAGAUGUAUCCGGUGGUUCAUCCGGAGAAGCUGGAGCGCAACGUCAUGUUGGUGGUCAAGGUGCCGGAGGAAUUCACAUCAAAGAUUUCCGACUUGUCCCGGGUGAUGUCCCAGCUGAAGGACUUGCGGCACGUGCUGAACAAGGAGAAGAUACCGCCCGAGCAGGAGCUUCUGGAGCUGGUGGCAAAGGGGCAGGAGGCGGAGGCUCUCGCCCGCAUGGCCGACACUCAGUACCCUGACAAGUUCCGUCAGCGCUACCCCGCCCUCAACCGCUCCCUCAAGGACCUGGUGCGCUGGAUGGACAAGAACACGUGGAGCGAGGCGGCGGACGCGGCGUCACCCCACCUCGAGUAUCAGGCGCUGCUUCGGGAGUUGGGCUUGAUUGACUUGUUGGUGCAGUACAUGGAUGCGGCCCGUGUACGGCUGUUUGCCACCAGUGGCAAGCUGAGGGGCACUCGGCUGGGUGGCUGGGUGGUGGAGAGCGGGAAACGCUGCCACAGGAUCCUUCAGCUGUGUUGUCAGGGUAACGAGCUGAACCAGGCCUACCUGUCCAAGUACGCCGCCAUGGUCAUGUCCCACCUGUCCUCCCCCCUGACCGCCCCUGACACCCUGGCGGCCAUGUACGAGGACAACAUGGCGCAGAUGCAGACCGUGUCACCCGCCAUCGUGGCGGCCAGUAACUGGAUCGUAGCGGACAUCGUUGGGCCGGGUCGGCACCCCCUCCAGGUGUUUUGUCGUGCGGGUUUGGCGAGCAGGCCGGGACCCGAGGGGCAGAUGCGCCAGACAUGGGUCAUCCGCUGCCUGAGAAACGAUGACCCCGGCCAGGAGGUGGCUGUGGACGCCGCAGAGUUUAGCAGUAUCGAGGAGGACCUCAGUAAGCGAUCUAUCAAGGAGUGGGAUCUCUCCAGCGAGGAGACCGCCUACUCGCCCCGCGAGCUCUUCAUCUACUACUGCUUCUCACUCAAGUUCAUUGUGUCGCUGUGCUACGGCCGCAACAGCCUGGCGCGAGAUCAGAUCCUGAGGGCGUCGGCCAAAUACGGCCUGGGACUCGAGUUCGAUGCACUGCAGAAAGCGGUGACUAAUAAGGCCCUGCCGUACUCCAUGCGCACAUACAUGGUGCAGGUCCUCCGCGCACUGUAUGUGGACAUCGAGCCCUACCAGACCCUCAAGCUGCCUCGACACAUUCGGUUGAUGUCCAAAAAGGGAGCCAUAAGGGUGUCUCUGAAGACAAACCCGAACUCCGAAACCAUCAACACCCUUAUCCGUACAGUUCUGGAGCAGCUGCGACUGGCCACCACUUCGGCAGGCGGGGCGGGGGUGGAGACCGGGGCGGCGGCGACCGGCGGCGGUGGUGGAGGGGGAGGAGGAGACGGUGGGGACAAGGAGGACGAUGGAGGCGUCUACCAGCCCGCCGAGCGCGGGGAGCGAACCGUGGGUCGCAACACGCUGGUGCUCAACUACCUCAAGAUGGUCCAUGAGAUGUUCCACCUGGGUAUGAUGGAUUUGGAUUCCGGUGUGACGCAGGAGGUGCUUGCCGUACUGCUGGACAUCAUUCAGAAACUGGACUCCAUGCCCCUGGACAAGCCGGCGAGGUUUCAGAGGAGCUACACCUCCAAGGUCGUGAUGCAGGCCAAGAAGGUGGCUCUGGCCACCAUUGACUUCGCUCUGGACAUGAAGUCCGAGCAGCAAUGUGCCGCGGUGUUUGACAGGUUCGCGCAGUGGCAGCGAUCCCCCGAACGACUGGCUAAGGUGCAUGCGCAGAUUUCCCGAAUGGGGAAUGCCACCAUAAGCGGUCUUCGGGUCCUGGGUGCAAGUGUCAGGGCAGUGGCCACGCUGACUACAACCGCCGCCAACAAAGUGCUGCCCACACCCGGCACCUCACGUAUCAACUUGGGCGCCAUGGGGAUGAAGGGGGCAGGGGGGGAUAUGGAGGCACCACCGCCCAGAGAAGAUUCUGGUGAAGGCGACGGCGAGAUGAUACGGCGCAGUGACGGUCCUGAGCGCUGGGCUGAGGAGGCGGCGGAUGCGUUGGCUGCCGACAACGAGGAUGGCGACUUUCCCCUGUUCAAGCUGGAUACCAUUCGGGAUACGGAACCGCUUUACGUGCAGGCCGGCAGCCCCAUCAUGAAGAUGUUUGACCUGGUCAGGUACGACGACCAGGAGUUGACCGCUCGUACAUUUCAGUUGGUGGAGCGGUUGACAAGUAAGCGCGAGAAGCUUCUAGAGGAGCUGAUGCGGACCUUUGUUGUGACGGAUGACGAGCUCAUUGCUCUGGCGGCUUGGGCAAUUAAGCAGGUUGAGACAGCCCAACACGCGUACAACUACAUGGGCAGCUUGGACCCCUCUGAAAGCCGGGAUGCGUGUGCCAAGGCGGCCAGGGCCAUUGACGCGCUCACAAGCCUGCUCAUACCCCUGCAGCACGUCACUGUCAGCACGGGGAUCAUGGAGGGGGAGGAGGGGGAGGGGGAGGAGAAAGGCGGCCAGCCGGAAAGGAUUUUCGUGUCCAAGACCACGGCCGCGAACUGCCAGUAUCUCAUGUUCGACCUGCAGAUCCACCUGAUGGUCCUCAAGUUCCUGAAGCUUCCUCUGAAGCGCAAGCACCAGUCCGAUGCCCGCAAGAUCCAGAUUGCUGAGGACCCCUCGCGUCAGAAUGUGUUUCGUGCCUGCCUGCUCUUCCUGCGUCACUUCAUGGUGGUGGGGGAUCUGGAGACCCCCUCCGCCAACGUCUCCUCCCACGCCAACCAGCGGGCAGUGCUGCCCUCCCUGGAGCUGCUGCUCAGCUUCCUGGACACACAUGGACUGCCCGCCUCGGACACCGUCAUUGCGCUGUUCAUUAACAACCUGGCCGAUGCGGCCACCGAGGGUGAGAAGGUGAUUCGCAAGCUGAUCAAGCUCAUCACUCGAUACGGGGACAAGAAACACGCGGGGUGGCUGGAGCUGCUAGGCAAGGUGAUGGUCGUGAACGGCAACCCCAUCAAGCGCAACCAGAUGGUGGCCAUGCAGCUCAUCACACAGUACGGCGAGGACACCAUGUUGCUGCUGUCGGGGGAUGCGGGGCUGGACGAGCUCAGGAAGCUGCUGGCUUCAGAGCGAUUAACCGCAAAAGCGAAUGCCGUACCGCCCCUGCUUGCUGACUGUUGUGUGGGUAAGGAGCCGGAGCUGGUGGUGAAGGCAUCGGGCUACAUGAGCCUGCCGCAGGUCCUGGACGUGUUGCUUCUUCAGCCCUCCCAGGACGCCCCUGAGUCCAACCUGCGCUACGUGCAGCGGGCCUACUGGCGCCUGCUGCAGCACUGCUACUUCGCCACGGAUACGGAUAACACCAAGGUGCAGGUGCGCAACGGGGCCAACAGGAUCUGGCCGCUGGCGGAGGUCGAGGCGGACGGCGGCGCCGCCGGCGGGGAGGGCGGCGGUGACGGCGGCGGGGAGCUGGCGGCAGCUACGAGUGUGUUGUUGCAGCGGUUCCUGGACCUUCCUGGCGCGGGCGAGGAGAGCAGCAAGAACAGGGCGGGCGGCGCGGUGGAGAGCUGCUUGAUGCAGGCUGUCCUUGAGGAGGUGAAACGCGCUCUGGCCGACCCCUCCGACGCCCUGGCCAACGCGGACAGCGCCACCUUCUUCCUGGUGACCUCGGUGUUCCCCGCACUGAAGGACUACUUUGAGCACCACUGGCACAGCCACCUGCCCAAACUGCAUACAACACCCAUUGUGCUGCUGGAGGACCUGUUCAACAACCUCAUGGACCUCUUCGACGCCCUCAAGCGGCUCAAGGAUGUGGCGAACAGUCAGGCGGUGAAGGCGGAAAUCAAACUGGCCAUCACCAACACCCGGGCCCUCCUGAGCGCCAUGCCGCCCGAGGCAAACACCGCGGACCGGACGUUCGAAACCCACACCACCGGCGGCGGGGGACGGGGGGGCGGCCUAGGACCCACCGCCGCCAACACGGGCCGCAGCCUCGUCAGCUUUGCCGACGGGGGCGGGGGCCCCAACGGCGGCGGCUCCGCCCCGUCCACCAGCCAACAUACCGCUUUGACGGCGACAUCCCAAAAACUCGUACAACGGGACUGGAUGCAGUACCUGCGGGCCUUAUCUGAGCGCGUGAGUGUGGAGAUCAACCUUCGGUCGUACGAGGUGGUUGAGGUGUCGAGACCGGGUGCACUUGUGGAGGCCAUUAAGACGGCGGCUUCGUCGUUGGGGAUGGGCGAAGGUGACACCAUACUUGAGCAGGCCUCUCUCCUCCGCCUAGCUCGUAUCCUGGCCGCCCGGUACGGCCGCCGAGUCCCCGGCACCUCCCCCCCCAUGUGUUUUGAGGUGGUAGUGGAGAUGCUGUGUAAGCUACUGGGCGGUCGCAGCGGCCGGCCGGGGGAGUCCGGUGCUGUUGUCGUUGGCGGUGGUGGUGGCGGGGGGGUGCGGGGCGGAGUGGGGCCCACGGGUUGGAAGCCGGCGCUGCUGGUCAAGAUGGUCCGGGCGGUGUGUGCGGCGGCGGUGCUGGAUGAUGGGGCGGGGGCGGAGGACGGCGAUGCGCUGAGGAACGCGUGGGCGUCGCUGGGUUUGCUUCGUGAUGGUGGUAAGGGUGGUGAGGUGGUGAGCAAGUGGCAGCCGCCCUCCCUGGAGCUGCUCACCUGGCGGCAGUGCAAGUACGACAAGCUGGGCGCCACGCGCGCGGCUGUGACGUUGCUGGCCCACCCCAUGCCCGAGGUGCAGUUGGAAGCGCUCAAGGUGCUGGAGGUGCUGCUGCAGAGUGGCAAUCAGGCGGUGCAGGCCACCAUAUACGACAUCCUCAAGGACGGUUCCGAGCUGACGGAUGCGGUGUUUGCGAACUUUAAGGCCGCAUUCGACCGCUGCAGGAAGUACGUCACACGGCGAGUGUACGUGCGCAAUACGAGGGCGAUUAAGAGCCGUCGGAAGGACGUGGCGGAGGAGGCAAAGAAGGCGGUGACUGGCGCCGUCAAGUCCAUUCUUAGCGGCGGCUCCCGGGUGGCGGGGGCGGCAGGGGGGCUGGGGCUCAAGGCUGUCAAGCUGGUUGCCGCCGCGCCCUCCGAGUUGGGCACCCUGGGCUCCAUGGUGGCGGCGUCCGGGGACCACCUCAUGGCGGUGGCGUCCAAGGGGCUGCUCAACCUGCAAACCGCCGGAUCCGGGGACCUGCAGGAGCAGGAGGAGGCGGCGGCGGCGGCGGCUGCAGGAGGAGGAGGAGGAGGAGCAGGAAUGGGAGAGCGAGGCAGUAGGGGUAAUAGCGGGGUGUUGGCGGCGGUGCCAGAAGACGGGACCCCAGAAGAGCGCCAGACGACAGGUGCACACGCAUUUACCCCCAGUACGGGUGAUGUGGGUGGUGGGGGUGAGGAGGAGGAGGAGGACGAGGAGGAGGUGCGGUGGGAGGACAAGUCCGCCAAGCUCAACAACGCGGAUAACGCAUACGAGUUCACCAAGGUGCUGCUCAAUGUGCUCAAGUCCAUGGUGGAGGGACAUUACAAAAACCUACAGCAUGUGCUUCAGCUUCAGCCUCAUUCCACCUCGUCCAUGGACCUCGUGGUGGAGGCAGUGGACUUGCUGAAUGUACUGCAGGGUCCUUGUUCCAGCAACCAACAGUCUCUGGCGGGUACCAACUUCCUUGCCUCGUGUAACCGAAUAUUCGGAUGUAUUGGGUACUCGGCCAAGCACGUGCCCCGGCCUGACGACCGAAGCGGGGAGGAUCGGAAGAUCAGCCUCAAUAUGUGCAACGUCAAGUCGGCCUUGCUCAACCUGCUGGCCAGCCUGCUCGAGGCAUGUCCCUCGGAAGAUGUUCCGGGUCGUUGCUCCGAGAUCCUGGACUUCGGCGUCGUAGACCGGCAGAUCGGCCGGCUGUGUUCCGUGCUAGGUAUGGCGGGUACACCACCCCGUUACCCCGCGGACGGAGAGGAUGUGGCGGACUGCGACCCGGAAGUGCCCGAGGAGGCCGAGCUCAUCAACAUUUCGUCCAAGCUGGAAGACGAGCUGUUGCUCUUCUGCUCGUACAUCCUGAAGCUGCACUCGGUAACACCCAGCCGCCCACCGCCGCUGCCGUACAUCUGGGCGCUGCACAAUGGUGCAGAGGUGGAUAAGAUGGACGAGCUGACCCCGGAGCAGCAGCUGUACGCGGGCGAGCUGCAGGCCUUCCUGCAGCGGCGACUGGGGUAUGUGGAGAUCAACUGGCGGGGGCAGCUGGUGGAGCCGUUCUUCUUCAAACUGACACCGGAGUGCUCCAACCUGGUCACCAGCAAGUUGUGGUGCGACGUCACUCUGGACCGGAUCAACAACACCGUGUCGCCGGACAGCCGGGCGUUCCCCACCGUCAAGGCGGCGGAGCUGGUGGAGGUGCUUGAGGAUGUGGUGGACGAUAUCGAGUUGGAGUCCCGGCUGGGCAGGAACCGCUGGCUCAAGGCCGUGUCCAUCAUGGCCCAGUACCGCAUGAGGCUGUUGGAGCUGACUUUCUACCUGGCGGUGGGGACACUCAUCUUCCAGGCCCUGGCUGAUGCCCGGUGGAGCCCCCACACCUCCUUCCAGGAGCGCGGGGAGAACUGGGCCACAAUCGUGCUGUCGGUGGCGGUGAUGCUGCAGUCCACAUGUACGAUACUGCUGUACACGUCGUUCGUAUACACAGAGUUAAACAAGUACAUGAGCCACGGAGUCCCCAAGACCAUUGCCGCCAUGAACCAGCUAGCAGGGAGAAUGCGGGAGAUAUUCACAUACGGAAGCGGGGGAGGUGGUGGCGGGGGCCAACCACGAGGCGGAGGCGGAGUUGGGGCUGAGAAUGAGGAGGAAGUGCUGGACCAGGGUGUGUUUGCUGCCCGAGAGCUGGGUUUGCCUCCGCCCCCCCUGAACCGCCGUCGAGGCUGGGGCGACUUCUUCCAGCUGGCUGCGGCGGUGGUGGCCACCAUUUGUCGAUACGCUAAGUUCUGGUACUUCAACAUGUUGGUAUCCGCCUCCCUGGCUGGGUUCUUUGUGUCGCCCUUCUUCCUGGUCUUCCACUUCACCAUCUACUUCCUGGACUUUGAUAGUGGCAAGCAGCUGGUGAUGGCCAUUCAGCGGUCUGGCAUGAACAUCCUGAACACCUUUGUGUUGGCGGUGUUGGCCAUCUACACCUUCGCCGUGGUGACGUUCCUAGUGUUCCAGGAGCCCACUACCGCUGACAAGGGGGACGGGCCCCCCUGCGACACCUUCUACCAGUGCAUGGGGGCACACAUGCUGACCGGCAUCAUGGGGGACAUCUCCAACCUCUUCAACUCGGACCUGUGGGAUACGGUACCUUCCCAAGUGGGUGAGGACGGUCUGCAACAGGCCCGGACCCUCUUUGUGCUGUUCUUCUUCAUGAUCUGGAACUUCGUAUUGAGCAAUAUUUUCGUGGGCCUUAUCGCCUCCGCCUUCGAGGCCAUUCGUGAUGACCAGAACACCAUCACCUCGGACCGCCUGUCCAAGUGCCUCAUCUGCUCGCAGGACAUGUACCUCUUUAAUGAGAAGAUACAGGGCGGUUUCGAGGAGCAUAUCAUUAAACAACACAACGCCCUAUCGUACGUCUUCUUCCUCCAUCACCUGCGAGCCACCGCCCCGGAGGACUACACGGGUACGGAGAGUGUCGUACGUGCUGUACUGGACAGUGCCAAGACCAGCACCGACAAGGGCACCUGGUUACCGGUGUCGAAGUCUCUGGCGGUCAUGCACGCGACUGCUGCUGCCGCUGCUGCUGCCAGUGGUGGUGCUGGGGGAGCUGGCAGCAGAGAGGCCGGGCCGGGAGGGGGCCCCAGCAGCUGA